CUGUUUCAUUUCCUUGCUUCGGUCGAAUUGUUUAGUAAGGCGAGUCGGCGACACGCGAACACGCACACGCGCGCACUCCGAUCCGUCGAUCGUCGUCCUCACAUCGUCGUCAGCUGGCAGCUCGAGCUAUAUAAACCCAUCUUCCUCCUCCCGUUCUCCGACGAUCCCCUCCCUGUCUGUCUGUGUCGAUCCGCCCCCUCAACUCCCACUCCAUCAUCGUCCUCCAUCCUUUUCUUCCUCCUCGACGAUCUACUACUUGAAGAAAUUAGCACGAGCACAUACACCUCAGCUGAUCGAGCUCACUCACCAUCAUCAUCUGAUCCGAGAUUCCGAUCCACCACUGGCCAGCAUGGACGACAUGGACAUGGCCAUGGCCAUGGUGAGCUUCGACGACCUGGACCAGGUGCUGGCCAUGAGCCCCAGCAGCUCGGCGACGUCCUCCGCGCCAGUUGCCGCCGCACAACCAGCUGCCGCAGGCAGCAGCAGCGACGACGAGGCCGCGGCCAUCUGCGCCGACCUCCGGAGGGGCCCCUGGACGGCGGACGAGGACAUCCUCCUCGUCAACUACAUCGCCGUCCACGGCGAGGGCCGCUGGAACUCGCUCGCCCGCUCCGCCGGCCUGAAGCGCACGGGCAAGAGCUGCCGGCUCCGGUGGCUCAACUACCUCCGGCCCGACGUGCGGCGGGGCAACAUCACCGCCGAGGAGCAGCUGCUGAUCCUGGACCUGCACUCGCGCUGGGGCAACCGGUGGUCCAAGAUCGCGCAGCACCUGCCCGGCCGCACCGACAACGAGAUCAAGAACUACUGGCGGACCCGCGUGCAGAAGCACGCCAGGCACCUCCGCUGCGACGUCAACAGUGCCAGCUUCCGCCACGUCGUGCGGCACGUCUGGAUGCCGCGCCUCCGAGAGCGCGUCCAGGCUGCCGCCGGUCGCGACGCCGGUGAGGGAUGUGGCGGCGGCGUACAGUCUCCGGCGGCGGCGCCGCUCGUGCCCGUCGUCGUCGAAGCGCCGGCAGCCACGACCACGGCCAGCGCGCCGUCCGCGUGUUAUGAUUACUACGACGCGUCUAGCGCGCUGCGGCGGCCGUCGUCGUCAACGCUCACGGCAGACGACACGUCGCACGACUACGCUGGAGUUUACGCUUACACGUCGGCGGCCGCGGCAACUCCGACGAACGACAACCAAGGCUGCAGGCAAAUGACGACUGACGACGACGUGUUCGCCGGGACGGCCUUGUCGGAGCUUCUCGCCACGAGCGGCCGUGACGAUGACUCCAGCUCCGCGUCCAUGAUCGGCCUGCCGGAGUUUGGGUUCGGGGAUCUCGAGGAUGGCCUUUGGAGCCUGGACGACCUGUGCUUACAGCAGCUGUGCUGAGCUCACCGGCUGCUGAUGCAUACCAUCACCAUGUACACAAGUCGACAAGCAAGUCAGAAGUCACUGAUUUGAGCGAGAGGGACAUAUGCAUAUAUAUGUGUAGAAAUGGAUAAUAUUGUCGGAGAAAUAUAUAUAUAGGAGCACACAGGUCACGGCAGCAAAGAAAUUAUACUUGAUAGCUAGAUUGGUAUUGGUCUAUGUUAGUAUGAGAUGACCAACUCGAAACAUGUGCAUAAAUACAUAUAUGUCCGCUAGUUAGUUUUCACUACAUUAGGAGUCUAGAUUCUAAAAGGUUUUGUAUGUCUUCAGAAGCUUCAGUUUUGCGUGCGCACGUCCAUAUAGAGUUUGCAAAAUUUUGCAUCCAUUUCAGA